AUGGACAACACGACCACCCUUGAGUACGAUGACGAUGUCGUGACUGAGUUGAGCUCCAUGUACUCCAGUUCUUCCCCUGUGUACUCCCCCAUUUCUUCCGUUGACGAUCUCAGCGGCUGCGCGAUGGAACUGCAACCAACACUCGAGGAAAUCGAAGGGGAGCUCGAGGACAUUUUCGACAACUUUUCAAAGAUGCUUGAGGGUCGUGCGCUCGAUGUCUCAAGCGGGUUUUUGCGUCACUACGAAACGUGUUGCGUACGCCUGUUCAACACGGCACACCUGCUGAUCGCUCCAAGCAACAGCGACUUGUACUUCCAGUGUUUGGAUCGCUCUGUGGAAGUGGCGGGGCGGCUCGUACGUGCGCAGGGAACCCACUUAGCAGCUCAAUACCAAUCGUACCGAUACUAG